AGGACAUCUUCACCACUCUGGUCGAUGCACAAUGGCGUUGGACAAUGCUUGUUUUUGCGCUCAGUUUCCUCAUUUCGUGGGCGCUCUUUGCAUUCGUUUGGUGGGUGAUCGCGUAUGCGCAUGGCGAUUUCGAAUAUAUUUACAAUCGUGAUUUCUUUCCCGAACGUAAUGAGAAUGUCACACAUCGUAUGUGUGUAACGGAGGUGCGUAGCUUUGUUUCAGCCUUCCUAUACUCGGUGGAAACGCAAACAACGAUAGGCUAUGGCAAUCGUUAUGUGACGGAGGAGUGUCCAGAGGCGAUAUUCAUUAUGUGUUUGCAAUGUAUUUUGGGCGUAUUCAUACAAGCAUUUAUGGUGGGCAUUGUAUUUGCCAAAUUGUCGCGUCCAAAGAAACGCGCACAAACGUUGCUCUUCUCGCGAAAUGCUGUGAUUUGUCAUCGGGAUGGGGUGCCAUGUCUGAUGUUCCGGGUGGGUGAUAUGCGAAAGAGUCACAUUAUUGAGGCGCAUGUGCGGGCGCAAAUCAUCAGGAAGAAGGUCACAAAAGAGGGUGAAAUAUUGCCAUUCUAUCAGCAGGAGUUAACGGUGGGCGCUGAUGGCGGCGAGGAUCGCCUAAUGUUCAUAUGGCCUACAACGAUUGUGCACAAAAUCGAUCGAAAUAGUCCGCUGUAUAUGCUUUCGGCAUCGGAUAUGCUGAAGGAACGCUUUGAAGUUGUUUGCAUGCUGGAGGGUGUGGUUGAGUCCACUGGCAUGACGACGCAAGNUAGCCAAACUACAUACUUAGAAAUUGUUUAUAAAUAA